AUGUCUGAUCCGGAUCAGUAUACCGUUGAGACGCUUUCGACAAAUGACAAUGAUCAUUAUACCCUGGGAGAAAUUGGAAGCCACCAGGUCGUUAUUGCUGUUCUUCCAGAUGGAGAAUAUGGGGUGUCAACCGCGGCAUGUGCUGCUAGGGAUAUGCUACACAGCUUUCCAAACAUCCGAUUCGGCUUGAUGGUUGGGAUUGGCGGGGGUAUACCAAUGAAGCAGGACAUCCGUCUCGGUGACGUUGUAGUAAGCUCGUGUCGUGGUGGACAUGGUGGUUUGGUCCAAUAUGACUUCGGCAAGGAAUUACAAGGCCAGGACUUUCUUCAAACAGUGCGGUUAAACCAGCCACCUCUCAUCCUGCGCACUGCAGUAGCCGGACUCCAGGCGCAGUAUGAGGAGGGUGAAGUCUGA